CGUUGUGUGGCUCCACGAGUGAGGGAAUAAGACACACAAUGAUGGUGUAGAAGACUGUGUGUUCACAAUUAAUGUCUAUGGUGUAAGGGAGAGAGUUAGAGGCUCUUUGCCGCCCUACCCUGAGGAUAUUAGAAACCAAAAGGUCCAACCUGAAAAGGGAGUCAAGUCUACCAACCUUACACCUGGCCCGGUUUGGUCUCGGCACUGGCACAGGAGAGGGGAAGUCAGGGAAGAAGUCAAUCAGCUUUUCCAACAUCGUCCACGUCGACGGAGUCGGACAAGAACCCCACCCCAACUGUGACCCGGACAAUGCUGCUGCAUUCAGAGGAGGCCACAGGGGACCAGAUCAGGCAGAGCCAGGCGAUAUUGUUUCAGGCUCUAGUAAGGUGGACGCAGUGACGUCACGUCGACAGGUAUAUGUGUGUGACCAAUGUGGAGACGCUCCCUGUCUCUGUGGUCAGGGCGGGUGGCUCAGACAAGGUGACAGGGAGGGUCAGUUGUCUACGUCCAGUGGCCAGGCCGAUCGCAGGGGAUCUCUCGCUGAUGAUCGGAGGGAUAUCAAUAGUAAGAUAAUGAGUGAUGAAACGGCGCCCACCGAGGGGGGCAAAACUGGGAGACCAGAGGCCGAGGAGUGCAGAAGGCGGAAAUCUGGGGACAAUUUCACGUCACUGAAACAUGCCCGGACUUCGUCAGAAACCAGCGCGUCAUCUGCAGGGGUCUCGAAAGAUGACGUCACGAGGUCCAAAAGUGGCGUGGACAGGGAAGAGUCUACGAUGUCAGACGACGUAUUCCGGCUAAAGGAGAUUUCUUGUAUGCUUCCCAAAGAGCUGAAGAACAGUCUCGUGGUGAUCCUGAGUGGCCUGUAUGGUCUGCUUCUCAUCGUUCUCGGCCUGGUCCUGCCAAUCACGGAGACAUUCGCAGACGCCAAUCAACCGUUUAUGUUUGAGGUGUACUAUCUGUACCUGUACGCGGUGAGCCUGGUGUUCUUGCUGUAUGUGUACAGCUACCUCCUGAGGAAGGAGGAGCUCAGCAUUCUCGGACUGCACAGAGCUCUGUCCAGAACAUUCUCCAGGACCUUCAGCAAAUCGUCGGCCAAAGUUGCCCCACCUACAGCAGGCCCCUGGAACAACCCCGGCGAGAGGAGCUGGCCCAACAUUGCCGCCUCCAGAGCGUCUCAGUCCCCCCACUCCCGCGCGGGCCAGGUGCCGCUACUAGUGCGUCAGAACAGUACCAUCAGCUGCACGUCUGUCCGGCACAGGCGGAGGAAGAUCGCCUUUAAUCCCAACAACGCUCACCACACAGGGAGCUUCUACCUCAGGGUCGGAGUUAUAGGAUUUGGCAUCGGCAGCAUGAUACACAGCGGCCUCACCUUCGGCCACUACUUUGAGAUCAACCACUUAGGAGACCCGUGUAGUGACGUCAUACAGGCCAUCAAGCCUUUCUUCCACUGCUGUUUUUCCUUCGUGCAGAUGUAUUUUGUCUUCAUGAACUCGAAGAUCACCACCUGGGCUCCCUGCCAGAGCUCAACUGUCACUGGGACGCCAUGAUGGGCAAAGUAGUGGAGAAAGCCUCUGUCUACCUGUAUCCGUGCACCAUCGAGUACAGCCUCGUCUGUGCUUGCGUGCUGUACGUGAUGUGGUCAAACGUCGGAGAGGGACAUGUCGGGGACAACAGCAGCGGGGACCCACGGCUGGCCAAGAGGAAGCAGCCCAUCAUCGAGUCCGCCUCGGAGUAUGACGACGAUGAUGACGACGACGACGAUGCCAACAUGGAGGCGAGGGAAAAGACCCAGAAGAUGAGUGUGGAUUGUGCAGGCUCCAGUCAAGGCCUGUUCAUGGGCAUCUUCGUGUUCGUGGGCUCUGUGGUCUGCCUCGUCUGCUUCUAUGUCCUGAUCGGCACGGAGAAACACAUGACCACAGGCUCUCUGCUAGGCUUGGGACUGUAUGGUAUGUUCAGCAUCGUCGCCUCCAUCUUUUAUCUGGACACGCUGGACGGAGGGCUUACCAUCAUCACCAACCUGUUCAUGUUGGUCCAGGCAGGGGCUCAGGCUACCUUCACACUGGCCGCUCUUAGGGUGUCCGCUGUGGACAGUACCCAGGUUUCAUUCCAUGGUGUCAUUGUCAACGGUAUGGAAGAACGCGUGGAAGAUGAAGCACGUACAGAACAAGGCACACUUGACGAGACACACAACCUUGUAGCACAGAUAGAGGGGUUACAAAAAUAUUUAUAUGUUAAGACAAACUGGUACAAGUUAUUGUGCAAAAGAUGGAGAGUCCUUGUUCGAUAGUUUAUUUAGUUUUAGUAAGUGUUUUACAACCAGAUUGACUACAUCAUGGUGAAAAAGCGCUUCCAGUCCAGUGUCAAAAUUGGAAAAACACGAACAUUCCCAGGAGCAGACGUUGGAAGCGACCACGACCUUGUGAUGAUGACCUUUCGCCUCCACCUGAAGAGGGUUAAAAAGCAAGGAAACACAAAGAUGAAGUUUGAUUUCGAAAAACGAAAGGACCCAGAAGUAGCAGAAGCCUUCCAAGCCAUGAUAGGAGGAAAGUUUGCACCCCUCACUGUCGCUGGUAACAACAAUGACACAGACACGGACACGUGGAUCAACACCUUCAAUACAGCAGUGACUGACACAGCCAGUCAGAUUCUCGGAAAACACCGACGAGUCAAUAAGCCCUGGGUCACAACUGACAUCCUUAACCUGUGUGAC